AUGUUCCACUCCACUCGAUUGAUCUUGAGCAGACCCAGUGCAGCCAUUUUCGGCAGUACACAGGGUGUAAAGACCUCAUAUGGCCAUAAUGAGGAAGUGUACCAAAUCACUCUUCAAGACGGGUCGAACUACAUUUGUACAAGGGAAGGUGCCCCCUUAUUGGCCCAUUGGGGAUUCAUGGAUCAAUAUCAUCACUUCAAUCCCAAUUCUGAUGGUCGUCAAGAGACAUUCUCAUUGAUACCUAUCCAACACAAGAAGAAUAUCUCGGAUUUCGUUCUUCCCCUUAAAUCAGAUUCCUUACAAGAUCCAUGGGAUGUCAGAGCACUUGAUGAAGCUUCGAGAAGAUUCGUGGGCAAUAUCAAACAUAUACAAAGAGGUUACAUCAAGCAAGCGUCAGAAGACUUUAGAAAAUUUUAA